AUGAGCUGUUUUGUGUUCCUGCAGUUAGGGGAGUUCCUGCUCCGCUCGCAAGGACCUGCCGUUGCCGUGGGAGCCUCCGACCGCACCAUCCUUGUUAUUCUUCUUCUACUACCCACUGCUAUCGUUGUUUGGUCUCUCAAGGGCACCCACUGCAGCACUGCUGAUAGACGGCGAAGGACUGGUAUGAUGAAUAAACUGCACUUCUGGUUCUACGGGUUGCUCUCUAAUGGAAGGUGUGCUUUGUGUGUUGUUUUCAUGAAGCGGUUCUGCCUAGAUUCAUUGCUGGAGUCCCUGUGCGCCUCCAGACCCGCUGCUGAGCUGUGCCUGGCACGCCUCACGACCUCAGUGUGGCUUGAUGGGUUACUGAACGGGUACCGCCUUGCCCCUUUGGCGCUGACACCGACGGAAGAGCAGUUACUGCAUCAUAACCUUCAUGUUCAGCCACAAUGGUUCUGGCUUUUACAUAAAGGGCUCUGCUGCUCCCUCAAGGAAUUCAGCUGUUUGAUGACAAUGCUUUGGCUGCAACCUGGGGGUGGUGGUGACCUCAUCCUUGGUUCUGAAAAAGUAGAUGAUUCUUUGAGGUCGCCUAACCUUCUGCAACUGCAGCAAAGGAUUUAG